UCUGGUUUAUCAUCCCUCAGUAAGGAAUCUUUUAAGUCUGCAAUGAAAAACAUGACAUCAUCUACAGUGAUCAAACAGAACUUCAAAUGUGCGACUAAAUAUGCAGUUCAGGAAAUCGGGAAACAGUCCGUGCUCACUAUCAUGAACUACGCAAUCGAUUCAGCCCUUCAGGAAGUCUUUAAGAAGAUUUUACAAAGCAGCUUUGAGAAGGUUGUUACUUCAUCAGUGAAGCAGAGCCGUGAACUGGAUCAGAAUCUUGUGGAGUUUAUCAGCUCAGGCAUUCCGAAAGCUGCAUUGAAAAAAGAGGAUUUCAAGUUUGACCAGGCUUAUGAGAAGCAAAUAAAAAAAACAGUUGGUAUGCUCUGCGAAGAGGUAAUUCCUCACCUCAUACUGGACUGUACCACAGCACGGGAUGUUAUCAGCAAACUCUCUGAAGUGUGUGAAGCAGCAUCAGAACUUAUGAAUAAAGCCAAACUGUCAGGAGUGCAUGGAAUGGCAAAGCUGGCUCUGAAAGUAUCUAAGGGCUCAGCAGAUCUAGUUCAAAUAUUGGGUGCCAUACCAACAAGGCACAUAAUACAAGAUCAAUUUGUUCCUGAGUUAAUGGAGAGCAUCAGUGAGCUUCAGAAAGAAAUGACAAAGUAUGACCAAGAUGGGCAACACCAUUUACACGAUGUACAGCGCCUUAAAGGUGAACUUCUUCAGACUAUCGCCCAGAAGGUGUCUGACCAAUUCAUCAUUUACUGCUCUGAACAUAUAACUUCUUUAAUGACAAGCACAUUUAAGAGUCAUUUAAACAGUGCUGCAGUACAGGCGGUGGACCAUGUCAUGUGCAGACAUAAAACUCAGCGCUUCUUUGAUGACCAGAGGGAAAAACACAACAAGAGAUCUGCGAGCCACAAGGAAGUGGAACAGCUGUCAGAUGAGGACAAAACAAACCUAAUGCAGUAUACAGAAGAUAUGUGCAAAGCCGAUCAGCCUACAGCAGCCCUCGAUGUGUACGUGCUCACAAAAAGCAACCUGCUCAGUGGAAAAGGAAUUGAACUCACUGUCGUUGAUGAAAAUGGAAAACAGCUCACUGUGGAACGUUACCCAGGAACCAACAAAUCAGCAGGCGAUAUAAAACUGAGAUUAACUAAACCUGCAAAAGACACACAUCCAUCACAAGCUGAUACACAGCUGUACAGUGGCUGUUUUGACAUUGUACAGGAUGAUGGCAGGAUAGUCAGCGUUAACUCGGAUCAUCAGAACGCUCUUUAUCACGCUGUAGCACAAGCAACUGGCAGCGAGACAAAGGACCUACAGAAGGAAGCUUUGAUUCUACGUAUAAAAGUUAAAAAUGAGAUCCAGACAAACCUUGAGUCGUACACACCCCUGCUUAUUCUCCAGAGAGGAUACGACUUCUGUCACAAAAACCCCAGUAAAUACAGCAUAACUGGAGGAAGUAUAAAGAAGACCGACGUUGCACUGCAGAAAUACUUGCAGAGUGUUAAAUUCAUCAGAAGUGGCGAACGAAUCCUCAUCAAAAUGUACCAUCUUGGGUUUGUUGGUGAAUAUAAAAGUGUUGUAAGUGCUCGGAGGUCCGGUAAGAACACCACAGGGACACUUAACACAAGCCACAUUCCACCAAAGGACUCCAUCAGACUUGCCGAGUCGGUCAUAGAUAACCCAAACUCAGUGAGCGAGUUUAAAAAUAAAAACCUGCCACUUUAUAAACUAAUCAGCAACAUAAAGACUGACAGCAAUGGAUGGAACCUGAUUACCAUGGAGGUUCUGGGACAAGAUCACAGACGAGCUUUAACUACGGGCCCAAGCAGCCACUCACAGAAGGCCAGGAAACUUCUAGCAGACAGCAUAAUUAGUGGAGACGUGGAGCUUCUGCUGAAACGCUGCAUGAUUCUUCAUCACCCGCUCACCUCACAAAAGCUGAGAGAAGCUCUAGGUGAAAGCAUUCCCUCUCAGUGCCACGUUUUGUCCGAUGAAGGUAUCCGAGGCUACUACAAAGCAGGAUACCGAAACCUGGUGUCAGAGUAUAACCGCAUGGGAAUGCUGGAUCAGAACCAGUGUGAGCGUCUGGACGAGUGGGUGACUCAGAACCAGCACGAGGACACUAGCACUGCAGAGUAUGGCCAGGUUCUGCAGGGGCUACAGUGUUAGUGAACACAAGUUCUCUUCAGCGCCUUAUGAUAAAUAUGACGAUGAAGAUGAUGCCUAUAGAAAGAUGAAAUGUAUUAAUCUCUGAAAUUGCAUUCACUGCACACACAAAAAAAAACAAGUAAAGAUAUAUUGUUUUGUUAGUAGAUCAGUUUGGUCAUUUCAAGCAUUUUUAGAAAGGACCAUAAAAUAAG